AUGCUGAACCUCCCAUCGCCAACGUCGCCCACGCUAGAAACACAAUGGCCCUGCCCGUUGCCGAACCCCGCGAACCCCGUGAGCUCUAGUACAGUUCGACCAACCUCCCCGCAACCAAAGCCAACACACAUACCCGCACAAGCACGUCAAGCCACAACACCGGAGCCCCCAGCUCCCCCAUUUCGCAACGUCUCCGCAUGCAACAGGUGCCGACUUCGCAAGCAUCGCUGCGAUCAACGCCUGCCCCGCUGUGAAUCAUGCGAAAAGGCCGGAGUACGAUGCGUUGGAUACGACCCCCUCACAAAGCAAGAAGUCCCGCGCAGCUAUGUGUCUUUCCUCGAGAACAGAGUCAACUACCUUACCGAGGUCCUACUUGACCACGGGAUUGAUUUCAAGCCUCCUAUCGCCUACGAUGAAGAAGAGACUCUCCGCAUGGAGGCUGAGCGCUCAGAGACAGAGUCGGGUGGAGUGAAGGACAAGGUCGCAGCCUUGAGACCAUCACUCAUCGAGCAAGCAGAAACCAUAUCUCGCAAGAGAAAGCUGAAUCCUUAUUCCGAGGACAAGAUUCCUGCCAGGCAGGUUAAGCGCCUGUCACAACUGAACGUGCUACUCAAAGAGCUGUUCAAUGACGGCUGCGCACAUCAAUGUCCCCAACGGGAGCGGAGGCCUAGACAAAACCCACCCAGAGUGACUAGGCAGCGCCAAGAAGUACCUUUACCUCGAGGCGUCAGGUCAUCGUGGUCUCCACAGAGCUUCCAGUCUAUGGAUCACAGUGAUGGUCGGACCAGCCCUGAGACGGCGUCUCCGAGCUCAUCCCAUGAUCAAUAUCCAUACUCAUAUCACGAUACAAGCCCGCGGCGCGGAAUGUCUCUCUUCGGUGCUGCUUCUAUCCUCGACUCUGAUAAUGCGUCCCGAGUGUAUGAGCCUAGACAUCACCCGGAUACUGAUUUGGAGUUGAGUGAUUUCCCAUUCAAUCGUUCAGCGACAAAGUCAUUUAGAGGUGGUGACUUUUUGGAACCUGGGAACACUCCUAGAGGCUUCCGGAUUCCAAACUAUCUACCGCAGAAGGCGCAGGAGUGUCCUCCGCCAGAGCCUAAAUUUGAUAUUGCUGCUGAUCUUCUUCGUGGGCGGAGAGAGAGAAGCGAGAGGGUUGAUAGGGAGCGAGCCAAUUUUGAUUUGCUUGAUGAGUUUCUGGUUGAUUGGGCCGAAUGA